CCCAUUUUAGAAUUAUCAAUUAGGUGAAGACUGAAUAGUGAAGAGUCUGAAGACCUUCUCAAUUCAAUUCCAAUUUUCAAUUUUCAGCAGCGAGAAUUCAAAUUCAGAGGCUUCACUUCACAUCCUCUCAAUGGAAUCCUCUGCAAUUACUCUCAUUAUAGUUCAAGGCCCUCGCGAGGGCGAAACCCUAGAAUUUCCAUCCGGAACCACGAUUCGGAUUGGUCGCGUUGUUCGGGGUAACUCUAUCGCCAUUAAAGAUGCUGGCAUCUCCACCAAGCACCUUUCUAUCCAACCUGAGCCUGUAUCAGGUAAGUGGGUACUCCAGGACCUCGAUUCGUCCAAUGGCACAUUUGUUAACGAUACCAAGCUUCCUCCACACGAUGCAUUCGCUCUGAGCGACGGCGACACCAUUAAAUUCGGCGAGUGGACCUCGAUUUUGGUCAGAAUAAACACUAAUGAAGAGUGCCGUUCGAGGCGAAACCCAAGGCGGAAAGCUGCAGAGAAGUGUACAGGUGCGGAUGUGGUGGGAUCGGUUGCGCAAACUCGGGGUCGAAGAGGAAAGGCUGUGGAAGAGGUCAGCGUACUUGGGGGAGGUAAUGACGCGGGGUUGGAGAGUGGAAGAUGUCUAAGGCCGAGGAGAGGCAGGGGUGUGAAAGCUGAAAUUGAUAACGAAGUACCGGAUUGCAAAAAAAUUGAGGACAAUUUAGAUGUGGGAAGAGGGUUAGAGAGUGUGACUGAUCUGGAAAACGAACCCAGCCCAAAAAUUACGGCAAGAAGUACCCGGAGAGCGAAGAAUGAUGUGCGUGUGGCUGCAGAUUCAGUUAUCGGGAAGGUUCCCGAGAAUUCAUGUGUGGGCGGUGAAGUAAAGGCAGGGGCAAAAAAGACGAGGGGAACUAGGGGAAGGAAGAAACUGCAAAAUGAGCCGCCGGAUUGCAGUACAGUUACAAAAUUGGAACACACGGAAGCCAUAGAGCAGAGGAGCUCAGGAGAAAAUACCUUGGUUGACGAUGAAGAAGGCAAGAAGAAUGUAAACGUUGAAGAGACUGGUAGCGGGUCUUACCCUCAAGAGGCCUGCGAUCCAGAUGUAAACGAAAAUGUCUGUAUUAUUUCAGAAGGUUGCGAAGAGGUUGCUGGUGGGAGAGCUUCACAUGAUACGGAUUCACCUUGUAAAGCCGACAAGGCGCUAGAUUUGAAGAAGAUGACACUUGGGGAGUGGUUUGAUUAUUUGGAGACUCAUUUGCCCAAACAAAUAAUCGAUGCAACAGAAGAAAUAAUUUCUAGUAUGAGAAUUAAAUCUGCGCAAGUACGGGAGUACAUCGCACGGCAGAAGAAUGAGGAAUGCAGGGGAGGUUAGUGGAAGGAAAACUCUGAUGUACGAGCCUCUUCUUCACGAAUGGGUUCCUCCUGCCUCUUCAAUGCAACAGCCUCUUGAAAAGCAAGUUCAACUUUACUGCUGUGGGC